GCAGACACUACCGCCACUGGCACCAGUCGUCUGGACAGGUAUGCCGAGCAGUUGGCAGCAAUUCCGGAGAUUAAGAGCUUGGGACCGCUCUUCAAGUCCUCGGCCGAGGUGGAGCUCACUGACCCCGGCGCCGAGUAUGUGGUCACGUGUGUAAAGCAUACUUUCCGUAAUCACAUGGUUUUACAGUACGAGUGCACCAACACCAUGGAGGACCAGCUGCUUGAGAAUGUCUAUGUGGAGUUGGAGUCAGAGGAUGAAGACUAUGAGGUACUGCAAACAAUCCCCUGCCCGAACUUGGAGUACAAUAAGCCGGGUUCAGUCUACGUCAUUGUCGAACUUCCGGAGACGGUCUCCUCCCUCUGCAACUCCUUCACAAAUACCCUAAAGUUCAUCGUGAAGGAUGCCAGUGCCGGUCCUUCGGAUCCCGGACUGUCAGAUGAGUACUCCGUAAGUCGUUGGUUUGAUGUCAAGAUGAAAACAAAAAAGUUUCACCUGGCCGGGGAACUGGAGACUCCCAGUUCACACGCUCGGCUUCCAACUAUAGCGGCUGUUACAGCCACGCAAGACACUGGUGGUAAACAAAAACAACCUCCUUGA